AGGAGGAGGAGGAGGCUCCGCCGCCGCCGCCGCCAUGGCGCUGGUGACUCUGCAGCGCUCGCCCACCCCGAGCGCCGCCUCCUCGUCGGCCAGCACCAGCGAGUUGGAGGUUGGCAGUGAUGAAGACCGCAAACUGAACCUGAGCUUGAGUGAGAGUUUUUUUAUGGUGAAAGGAGCUGCACUAUUCCUCCAGCAAGGAAACAGCCCUCAAGGUCCACGAAGUCUUACUCACCUUCACAAACAUGCUGGUGAUUUGCCCCAACAUCUUCAGGUGAUGAUCAACCUCCUUCGCUGUGAGGACAGGAUCAAAUUGGCUGUGCGUCUGGAAAGUGUCUGGACAGACCGGGUGAGGUACAUGGUGGUUGUCUAUAGCACCGGACGCCAAGACACGGAGGAGAAUAUCCUGCUAGGAGUAGACUUUUCAAGCAAGGAGAGCAAAAGCUGCACCAUCGGGAUGGUUCUGCGUCUGUGGAGUGACACAAAGAUUCAUCUAGAUGGUGACGGUGGGUUCAGUGUCAGCACGGCAGGAAGGAUGCAUAUCUUCAAGCCUGUUUCAGUUCAAGCAAUGUGGUCCGCCUUGCAGAUCCUCCACAAGGCUUGUGAGGUGGCUCGGAGGCACAAUUACUUCCCUGGCGGGAUGGCGCUCGUCUGGGCCACGUACUACGAGAGCUGCAUUGCCUCCGAGCAAAGCUGCAUCAAUGAGUGGAACGCCAUGCAGGACUUGGAGUCCACACGCCCCGACUCGCCAGCUCUAUAUGUGGACACACCAACUGAGAGGGAGCGGGCAGAACGCCACAUCAAGGCCAAACUCCGAAGUAUUAUGAUGAGCAAAGAUCUGGAGAACGUAACCUCUAAAGAAAUACGGAAUGAGCUGGAGAAGCACAUGAGCUGCAACUUGAAGGAGUUCAAAGAGUUCAUUGACAAUGAGAUGCUGCUAAUCCUGGGGCAGAUGGACAAGCCCUCUCUCAUUUUUGACCAUCUGUACCUGGGUUCCGAGUGGAAUGCCUCCAACCUGGAGGAGCUACGGGGCUCUGGUGUUGACUACAUCUUAAAUGUCACAAGGGAGAUCGACAAUUUUUUCCCUGGCUUGUUUGCAUACCACAACAUCAGGGUCUAUGAUGAAGAGACCACCGACCUCCUUGCUCACUGGAACGAGGCCUACCAUUUCAUCAACAAAGCCAAGAAAAACCGCUCCAAGUGUCUAGUCCAUUGCAAAAUGGGUGUGAGUCGCUCUGCCUCCACCGUCAUCGCGUACGCCAUGAAGGAAUUUGGCUGGCCCCUGGAGAAAGCAUACAAUUACGUCAAGCAGAAGCGCAGCAUCGCUAGACCCAACGCCGGUUUCAUGAGGCAGCUCCUGGAGUACGAGGGCAUUCUGGAUGCCAGCAAACAGCGUCAUAACAAGCUAUGGAAGCAACAGCCUGAGGACAGCCUCCCCCAGAACUUGGGCAGCUCUGGUGGGCCAAGUGACUAUCUGCUCGACAGUCUGGAUGUUGACCUGGAUGCUCCUUGCCAGCCCAGCUAUGCAGACCCCCGCACAAGCCAGGAGGCCGUGGGCUUCCACUACUGCUUCAGGCGCCUUUCUGACUCCUUGCCUGUGAACAGAGAGUCACUUUUCCAGCUGGAGGACCUGGAGAGGGACUUUCUGCUGGAGGAGGAGGAGGAGGCAGAUUUGGCAGCAACAGAGCUGCCCUUCCUGGGGUUUGUUGACGAGCCUCCAGUGGAAAAGCUGAAGAGCAUGGAGAGAGCAGAGGUCUCUGGCUUUGGGGAGAAAACUGCAGAGGGGAAUCCUGAGGUCAGCCUCCUGAAGGCUGGAGCUGUACCCAGGCUUGCUGUCCCGGAAGAAGGAGACCCUGCAGAGGAGAAGCUCAUUGAGCACUGGAAGCACCAUUCAGCUGCGCAAGAGGAGGAGAGCCGGUGGAACUGUGAGAACCUGAACAACAACAACAGCAAGAGGAGCUGCCCUGAGGAUUUUGAGCACGAUGCCAUCUUUGGGAUCCUCAGCAAAGUGAAGCCUUCCUACAAGUCUUGCGCCGACUGCAUGUACGCCACUGCUGGCGCCUCAGCCAACACUUUUGGGGACCCGUGUGAGCCCCUGCACCUGGCCUCACCCUCCCGCAGUUCCACGGUCUGUACGCAGCCGCCGUUCCUCCUGCACAGGACGCCCGCCUUUUUGGAGCAGGCAUUCUGUGAGUCCUCCCCGAAAGAAAUCCACAAUGCAAAAAGCAACAGCUUGCCUCCGCUGCUAGCAGGGAGUGACUUGCAGAGCACUGAUCCCAGCAAACCUGCAGCCGGCUGGCCCUGCAGUGCUUCCGAGAAGCUCAGAGAUGGCCCUCGAGCUCCAGCUGGCCUGAGAAACACUCUCUGCGAGAGGAGUCCCGUCCUCAGCGAUGGGAUGAAAGAGGAUUCCUCGCCGAAAAGGGACGCCCGGCAGACCAAGGACCUGAAGUACUUGCUCUUCAGCAAGGAUUUGGAGAAGCCGACCACCAGUAGCUACCUGAUGCAGCAUCAAGAGUCGCUCCUGCAGCUCCAGAAAGCGGGCUUGGUCCGGAAGCACACGAAGGAGCUGGAGCGCCUCAAGAGCCUGCCAGCGCCUGAAGCAGCUGCUCAUGUGAGGGAGUGCCCUGGGGGCCCGGUGGGCGCCAGCAUUCCGGAAGAAACCCAGGAGCUGGAGGUGCCCCAGCAGGAGCAGCAGCCUCUUCCCAUAUCCAGGGGUAUGAAAAAUGACAUUGAGAAGCUGCAGAAAAGCCCCCUGGUAGGUGGGGCGUCUCAGAAGACCUCCACGCCUGUCCUGUGCCGGACGGUGGACCAUACAAGCAGCUUCACAAAGGACUUUCUCAAGACUGUCUGCUACACACCGUCAUCGUCCCGGAGCUCCAACCUGACACGGAGCUCCAGCAGCGACAGCAUCCACAGCGUGCGAGGGAAGCCUGGCUUGGUGAAGCAGCGGACCCAGGAGAUCGAGACCAGGCUGCGGCUGGCUGGCCUGACGGUCUCCUCCCCGCUUAAGCGCUCCAACUCCCUCGCCAAGCUGGGCAGCCUCAACCUGUCCUCAGAGGACUUGGCAAGCGAGACGGACCUGUCCGCCCUGACAGACUCCAGGGAGACCAAGUCGAGCGAGUCCUCAGUGGUGCACUGCCGCCCCACCCUCAAGGCCACUGGAGACCAAGCCGCCUUGCCACUGGCAGAAGCCGCUCUGGCAAAGUUGAAGGGCAGGCCAUGGAUGGGGGAGAGUUGACACAUAUUUGGGACCUUUGUUAAAAAGAACUUGUUCCUUUUAUAGUUGUCUCUACUAACUGCAAUUUUAUCAUUUUGCAAAAAGAUGAUAAAGUUCUCUGCCCUCCCCCCAAUCCCUUCCUGUGUGAUGCCACAAGUAGCGUGGGGAAACUGACAGGGUUAGUAACCCAGUGGAAAAGGCGCUCACAGCCUCCCGGCUCAGAAGGCGAUGGUGGCAUGUGUGACCUGGGCCAAUUUCCUCUUUUUGGGGGGGGGGUGCAGAGGGGCAGAUUCUCUUCCCCUCCCAUGCUGAAAAAGCAGCAACUCUUUCUUGCAAGGUUUCCUCGGCGGCUCAAGUUGAGCGCAAUUUCGUAGUUCAAAGAGGCGCUUGAGGUAAGAGCCUAAGAGGGAAACACCAAACAUGCUACCUCCAUUCUUCACGUAUUUAUACAUGGGGUUUUUCUUUUAAAAAACACACAAAAAUCAAUCUUGCUCUAAAAUUGAUGGUUCUCCUUUUGAACAAUUACAGUUCAGUCAUGGUUGGCAGCACCACUGCACAGAUCCCCGUUCCUGCCAACUUUCAGUUUAUGUGCCCCGAGCAACGGUCUUUCUGGUCUGACUUUACUUGCCUGGUUGAAGGAGUGUUGAGUUUCUCCUGGGAUGUGGGAUGAUCACCUGUGGCUCCUUGCCUUCUGUUGUCAUGUGGCUUUGCUAAGACAAUUCCAUCACUGCUGUUGGGGACGGCAACCUGGAGCCCCAGUUAAAAACAGCAGUAGCUGAAUUCUGAGUUGUCGACCUUUUGAGUUUGGAGCUUACCAUAAAGCUAUUGUGGCACAAGAAGGGGGAGCUUGUGCCCCCCAGAUGUUGCCCUGCUCCUUCUGUCACCCCUGAAGAGGGUUGUAGUCCAGCAACAUCUGGGGCCCACAAGGCCCAUAACCCUGAUGUCCUAAUGUUGCUGAUCACACCUGGAAUAAAGGAUUGGGUGGCAGUGGAUAAUUGUUGGGUCUGUUUGUUUUUCUAUUGUUGACCUGUAUUUGGAAAUUGGGGAGAGUUUCUGUAGAAUUGGGGUCUUUUUCGCUUUUGUCUUUUAAUAUUUUUGAAAAAUGAACUGUGCUUUGCUCAACUUGCAGCAGUCAGAAGGAAGCUGCAUUUUGCCUCAGGAACAGAUGGUGCUCUCUGCCAAGCUCCAGAGCUGUUUGUGGACUGGGGCAGCAUCACCCGCUUGGAGGUCCUUUCCCUCCUUUGUUUUAUUGCCUGGGUGCCACGUGGGGGUCAAGAAAAAGGACUACUUCUUUGCGCUUUUUCCAGAGGUGCAUCUCACCAGUCACACAAUGGGUCAAAGGUUACUUGAAUCUUUGUCUGCUGUUGCUGCUGGUCUUGCUGAUCGAGGCCAGAGUGUCUUUGGGGCUCAAGGGCAAGGCCUGUGCUGGUUUCUGAGCACCACAAGGGAGGGGACUUGUGCAAUAAGACCAGGUGUGUGGGGGGGGGGUCCUCUCUGCAAUAUUUGUUGUAAUUCAAAGGUCCAGGAGGGAUUGUUCUUGGAGCACCCUCCCCUGUGCCCACACCAGGUUUCUCCAGACUUAGUCGGAGCCUGCUGGAAUGGAGUGCCAAGAGCAGAGGAGAGGAUCUCUUCCUUCCUCUGGGAACCCUCAGGCCUUUCCCACACACUGUUCUGGUCACAGGCCAGAGGUGAGUCUGGUGCAGGUCUUGGAGAACUUCUGAGGCCUCACACAGAGCCUGUCAAGCCAAGGGGAGGGGAGGACUCUUCCUAAACACAGGUCUCGGGCCAGACAGAAUAUUCCCUGGUCCAUCCCAGUCGCCAAAGAGGGGAUUGCCUCAUGUCCUGGUUGAUGAGCAGGUGCUACUGAGAACCCAGAGUAGGGCUUGCCGCUUGCUGCUCUCCACAUUUCUUUAGGGCCGGCAGAUAUUUAGGAUAGUCACUGGGGUCACUCCUUGUGGCCCUUGUGACAGUUAAGAAUAGUUGUGGAAGCCAGCAUGUCAGCUCUUACCUUUUGAAGUCCACAACAGAGCUUCCACUUGAAUUGUGGGUAUCUCCUACUCACGUCAUUGGGGCAUCUUCCUUUGCCUGUUGACAUGGUACAGAUUUCUGCAUUGCAGGGGCUGGACUAAAUGACCCUUGGGGUCCCUUCCAGCUCUACAAUCCUAUGAUUCUGUUGCUGGCUUAGGGACACCUCAGAAAGAGAUUCUUCUCCAGGUUUUGUCAAUCAAGCCUGUAAGCAUGAGAUGGUCGGCACCGAUCUCGAUACUCAAGCCUUUGGUGUGAGUGAAGCGUUGUGGUGGAAAUUGAGAAGGCAAAAAUGGCAAGUCAGACAAGGUGCCAACUGUUGGAACCCUUUCUCUGCAUAUGCUGUAAGCCAGAAGCCUUGCUCUUUGCUUGGAAGUAUAAGCUUGGAACAGACAAAGCUGAUGAUAAGUAUUGUUCCACGUGGCUUUUCCUAUCCAGGUGCAAAACAGAUUUGCACAGGCCAGAUGCCCAGCAUUCACCCUUUCCAUGUUGGACCUGUUCCUCUGGAGCCCUUUCACCGGUGUUUCAGGGAGGAAGCCACAUGACUGCUUUGGAGGCCAAAUUUGAAUUUCAGAAUCUUUUCAUGAGCUGUACUCAACAUAUUAAUUUGCAGUCCUCCAAUUCUCAAAAACCCAUGGGUGUGUCUCCUCACGGUAUAGAGGUCCUUGCUUCUGGUUGUGUCUGGGUGGCCAGCAGGUUCCAUGCGGAGUGAAUCUGUUGAUUCAUUAAUUUUGGGGCGGGGUGUUGAUUUGUGCAAUGCUAUGCCAACCAUCUCAAAGUACUGUAGAAGACCUUUUCAAGGUUCAAGACUCUUGUAGUGUGUAGCAUGAAAUGCAUUUUGUGUUUAGUGUUCCUUUUUCAUUUUUGGCCACUGCUGAAAGUCAUUUCAUUGCCACACUUGCUUCUUGCAGAAGUCGCCACCCGUGGGAUUAUUCAGCUUUGUCAUCUGGCUUUUCUACCCAGUGUACUGUGUGACAUCUGGUAUCAAAAGGCAACUGCCACCCUCUUCUCCCCUAACUCACGUCCCAACGCCAACUCCAAAAAGCAGCCUGCCCCUAUUUCUCUGCAGCCCCGAUCAGCUGAGAGUCAAGAGGGCAGCAGCCACAGAAGGAGAGCAGGACGCCAACUGACCUCUCGUACCUGUGCCCUGACCCCAGUUGGCUCACUGGCCACAGAUUUAUUUGGAUGAAUUGCUGUGCCACCUUUGAACCAUUUUUCCACAGUGAUGUAGCCACAGACCAGGGUCCCACAGCCUUUCUCAAUAACCACCAGAUUUGCCGGUCAUUGCUGGGGCAACUGUGCAUUCCCAGUGGAGCUGGUGUUGCUCCUGGUGGAGCAGUGGUGGUUUGCCUUUCUGGUUGCUUAGCUUCCUUCCCUGUAUUUUGGUAACAGCAGGUGCUGGGAACCACCCUGUCAUUCUAAUGCUCAUUUGCAAUAUAUAACUUGAAACUUGCAGCAAUAUACAUUCUUGGAAGCCCUUAAGGCUGCCAAGUGGAGAAUAAGAGCACAGCACAGCUUACCAAUACACUUUUUAAACCAAACCUAAGCAGCCCUGCUGAAGAGUUCUAUCUUGACUCAUGAAAGGGGCUGCUGUCUCCUCCUGCUGUCCUGUUUAUCCCCUCAUUUCCAGGGAGCCAAUUGUUAAGAAUUUAGUUCAUGGCCUAAAUAGUUCUUUAUUGCGUAUGAAAGACUGCAAUAUUUGAUUUUACCCUGGAAAAGUUCAACUGGGGUCAACUGCUUAGUAUAUCUCAGGUCGACAUUGUCCUUUUUU